AAUGGCUGACCACCCCGACGACUUAAUCGACUACGAUGAGGAAGAUGAAACCAUACCGACCGAAUCUGUUCCAAACGACCAAUUAGCUGCUAACGGCCAAGAAGCUACUGACGAGGAUAAGAAGGACAAAAAAGGCAAACUGUUACGGGCUAUUGUUGAUUGCGGAUUUGAACAUCCAUCCGAAGUUCAACAAGAAUGUAUUCCUCAAUCAAUUCUCGGUAUGGAUGUCCUUUGCCAAGCCAAAUCUGGAAUGGGAAAAACUGCAGUAUUUGUGCUCGCUACACUUCAACAAGUGGAUCCCGUUCCUGGAGAUGUUGCGGUUAUUGUCCUUUGUCACACUCGUGAACUCGCAUUUCAAAUUAGGAACGAAUAUAUUCGGUUUAGCAAAUAUACAUCUGAGGUCAAGAUCGAUGUUUUUUAUGGGGGCAUUCCUAUUAAAGAAGAUUACAAAAAGUUUCAAAGCAAGGAUACCAUUCCACACAUUGUUGUUGGUACACCAGGAAGAGUUCUUGCUUUGGUUAAUGAUGGUCAGCUGAAAAAGAGGAUCAUGGUAGCUACAGAUGUGUUUGGUCGUGGUAUUGAUAUCGAACGUGUGAACAUUGUUAUCAAUUACGACAUGCCCGACGGUCCAGAUACAUAUUUGCAUAGAGUCGGACGUGCCGGACGUUUCGGAACUAAAGGUGCUGCGAUCACGUUUGUUGCUAAUUCUGAAGACGCUGAAAUUUUGAACAAAGUUCAAGAACGAUUCGAGGUGGUUAUUACCGAGCUUCCAGACGAGCUUGAGAUUAACAAUUAUA